AUGCACGCGCGCAUCUAUUCUUGCAGAGUGUGUGCGGUGUCGGCGGUGCCACAGGGGUGCGGGACCGUGGCGAGCGGGAUGCGUGGACGAACCCUCCGCGCCCACCACGUUGUUGUUAUCGUUUGCUCUCACCAACACUGUGCUGGGUGGUUGGCACCCACUCGCCGUCGUUGUGGUGGUCCUCGUGCAUUUGGUGUGCCGUCACACUGUGUGGAUGAGUCUCUUGCUGUGGCCGCGAGCCAUGAUUGUGCCUAUUUUCUUUCUUAUUCCUCUCUCGUUUGUUGGUCAGUAUUCAGCCUUAACUCAAUCCAACCAAUAAAGCAAGGAGAAACAAUGCCUGGAAAUCAAGCGUCUGCUGUGCCGCAGGGAGAUGGUCAGAGGAGAGCGAGGCCGGAGUCUGAGGGUGAGAGAGAUCAACCCGAUGCGACACGCAUAAGAGCGGAGGAAAUGCAUCGACCACGGUGGUCCAUGAGAAGCACCGUAAAGGACAUCGUGCUGGAGGGAAGCACUAACAGGAACAACAUGAAGCUGAAUGAAUUCCUUCGGAGCUACUUGGGCGAGGAGUCGAUUGUGGAAAGAAAUGGGAACGUCACGAUGGAUGCGUUUGUUCAGGAUCCGGAUGAUUACGUACAAGACCAGCGGCUUCUUGAAGUGAUUCUUAACUUAACUGCGUACCAAGAGCUGGAUGCCAUUUAUGAACUUCAUUGCGUGUGGGUGAACUUUCUCUGGCAGUGGAACAGAUAUGAAAGAAGGGAUACAGUCAUUCCUCUUGCAAGGGGAAAACUAAACGCAGCUCUUUCUCAGGUGCUGACAAGAAAAAGACGUAAGGCGGAAGAAAGGCGUGAGGCGAAAGAAAGGGCAGCGCGGGAAAAACAAGUAGGAUUUACCCUAAAUACUGCGAUCAGAAGUGUGCUAUUUAGAGGAAGAGUUCGCGUCAUGGACAUAAGGCUGAAUGAUUUUCUUGUGAUGGAGUUGGACGGCAUUGGCGUAAUGCCCGGCAAUCGGAAUGUCUUGCUGAAGGAGUUUGUAAAGGAUUGUACGAGGUAUAUGCUCGGUGAGUUUUUACUGCACGAUAUAAAGACAUCCGAUCGUUACAAGAGGAUGGAGAGGGCUGUGAGGGAGGAAAUGGAUAUGGAAGAGGAUGUAAACAAGCUUCACAAAAAAGGUGUGGACAAUCUACUGAAGUGGUCAUUAGCUGCUGAGGAGGUAAAAAGAAGUGUUCAUGAAGUCACUAAACAGUUUUUGGAUGCAGCCUUCAUUGAAUUGAUGAGCUCAAUGACGAUGAGUGCGCCGAUGAAACUGGAGGGAAACUACGAGUCCGUGUACAAUGCGGGGUGGCAUCAUGUCGUGGAAGUUCCUGGCGGGGAGGGGACGGGAAUGGAGGUGAGGGAGGGGGAACCACCGCAGCCAUGGACGUACAAGGCAGUUGGCGACACUCUCGAAAGGGAUGACGGUGUGGAGCAAUCCGGUGCAGCACUUCUUAGGCUGAUGGUGCUCGCCUCGGACAAGGGAUGGCCGUACUCGUGGAAUCUGAAGGGGGCGGAAUCCACUCGUGACUGCCAUGUGAACUUUGAGGUGGAGCGAGUGUGGCAGAUCGUCAAGGGCGAUCUAACCGCGUGGUUCAGCACUGACGGUGGGACUGACUUUAAGCCUAGGCGACGUGUGUUGAUUGGGACGCCCGGGAUCGGGAAGUCGAUGAAUGCCGGCUCGUACCUCCUCUACCAGCUGCUGCACUACGAUGCGGAGCAGCUCCCAAUGGUUGCGUACGUUAUUGGGAGUCAAUCAUUUCUGUUUGACAAGACCAUCAAAACGGUGUCAGUGUACAUGGGUGACCCCAGGAUUGAGGAUGUUGUAGACAUUUUUUCUUUGCGUGGGGUGACAGGGUAUAUUAUCUACGAUGCGGCAUUGGCAUUUCGUCAAACGCCUGCUUGUUUGCCUUGCAAGGGAUGGGGCAUGAUUGUGGUGACACCACCAGAAAAAAGCGAAUAUGAAUGGUGGGCAAAAAAAAUGGACGCUACUGCAAUCGUAACGAAUUGUCCCGAAGAAAACGAUGUGAGGGCAAUGUGCAUUUGGAUGAAGCGCAAUCGACCCCUGCAGGAGCAGGCGGAAUACUGGAAGGAGGUGAGGGGUCGCAUGAAUAACGUGGGACCAAUUCUCCGCUCCAUCUUUGAUAAACAGGCAUAUGACGACCGCAUUAAAGCGUGUCAGCAAGCCGUGGAUGGGUCGACCGCUUCGGAAUUAGAGCGUAAUUUGGGUAUUGGCUGUUGUUACUCGUCCAAUGACAAUGACUUGUCUCGAAAGCUUGUGAAGGUUGUCCGAGUACGACGAGGAAACAACAUUGAAUCGCCUCUGAAUUUGCUGGUAUCUCCCCACCUUGAACGUGAAACUUUGUCCAGGUUGGAGAAUGAAAUGAAGCAGUCCGAUUUUAUUUUUUUCGUUUUGAGGUUCUGGGAUUAUGUCCCACCAUAUAUUAUUGAAAAGUAUGCCGUAUCCGCAUUUUUGAAUGAGGAAUUCCUGCGUGCGAUAAGACUUGAAAUUAAGGAACUGAGGCCACCAGGACGACGUGAGCCACACAGCUGUGUGCUGAAAGAGCACUCAGACACGAGCUUCACCAGAAAAGAGUUUCUACCGCCACCGGAACGUCUUUCCAAUCCGGUUGCUAUGGACCACUGGGUGCUGUAUGAACCGAAAGUCCAAAGCUUUCCGCUGGUGGACGCUUUUUUCUUUGUGGACUCAAAUCCAAUGACGCUGGUCGGGCUGCGGAUGGCUACGGCGGGUGGGCACCACACCACAACCAGCACCGUGAGGCAGUUCACUGAGUGCCUGGCGGCAUAUUUUAAUGGCUGGGAGGAGUUAUACCGAGACAUGUCGUGGGAGAUUAUUUAUGUGCAGCACGCAGACAGCACGCCGAUGACUGAAUGGAAGAGAUGUGAUGUUGUCAAUUCCAAUAAUGUGAGCCGCGCUGAAAACCGAGAGAUUGCGGCGUUCUGGAGGGAAGAGGUGCGCCAGUACAUAGCAGCAAUAUAA